GCGGGUUGAAUGUAAGAUGGCGCCCAGGGAGCUGUGAGGGGGAGAAAAAAGACGCGGGGCCUGAGGUGGCGGCGACGGAGCCGGGCGGCAGAGGGGCCGGGAGAGAUUCAAUGGCUGCUGGUUGCUGCAGUUUGCACUACUACGGAGUACAGUACAUGUAAGGCCCCAUUAGGCCUCCUGAAUGGUCCUGGCAGGAAUCCUGAGGACCUUGCAAUAUGAAUAAUUCCUUGGAAAACACCAUUUCCUUUGAAGAAUACAUCCGUGUAAAAGCACGAACAAUCCCUCAGCAUAGGAUGAAGGAGUUCCUAGACUCCCUUGCCUCCAAAGGCCCUGAAGCACUGCAGGAAUUUCAGCAGACAGCUGCUACUACAACCAUGGUUUAUCAGCAAGGUGGAAACUGUAUUUAUACAGAUAGCACAGAAGUGGCUGGAUCUUUGCUUGAACUUGCUUGUCCCGUUACAAGUGUCCAGCAACAAACCCAGCAAGAGCAGCAAAUACAGGUGCAGCAACCCCAGCAAGUUCAGGUGCAAGUUCAGGUUCAACAGUCCCCUCAGCAAGUCUCCACUCAACAGCUCUCCCCCCAACUCACUGUUCACCAAGCCACAGAACAGCCGAUACAGGUCCAGGUGCAGAUCCAAGGCCAGGCACAGCAACAGACAUCCCAGACAAUACAGGGUCAAGCGCUUCAGAGUCCUAGUCCUUCUCAGUUGCAAGCAGCUCAGAUCCAAGUGCAACACGUGCAGACUGCUCAGCAAAUACAGGGUGCAGAAAUACAAGAAGAACACAUACAGCACCAGCAGAUCCAGGCACAGCUUGUGGCAGGACAGGCUAUUGCUGGGGGCCAGCAGAUCCAGAUCCAAACAGUUGGAGCCCUUUCCCCGCCUCCACCUCAGCAAGGCUCACCACGGGAAGGUGAGCGGAGGAUCAGCACCGCUAGUGUCCUCCAGCCAGUAAAGAAGCGCAAAGUGGAUAUGCCUAUUACUGUGUCAUAUGCUAUUUCAGGGCAGCCGGUUGCCACAGUCUUGGCCAUUCCCCAGGGCCAGCAACAGAGUUAUGUAUCCUUAAGGCCGGACUUGUUAACGGUGGAUAGUGCCCACCUCUAUAGUGCCACUGGGACCAUAACCAGCCCUACUGGGGAGACUUGGACCAUCCCUGUUUAUUCUGCGCAGCCACGUGGUGAUCUACAACAGCAAAACAUAACCCAUAUUGCCAUCCCCCAGGAGGCCUACAAUGCUGUCCAUGUCAGUGGCUCCCCAACUACAUUGGCCACUGUGAAGCUGGAAGAUGAUAAGGAUAAGAUGGUAGGAGGUGCAUCUGUCGUCAAAAACUCUCACGAGGAAGUGGUGCAAACUCUUGCUAAUUCCCUUUUCCCAGCACAGUUUAUGAAUGGCAAUAUCCACAUUCCAGUGGCAGUGCAAGCAGUGGCAGGGACCUACCAAAAUACAGCCCAAACAGUUCACAUAUGGGACCCGCAACAGCAGCAGGCCACCCCACAAGAGCAGGGGCAGCAACAACAACAGCAGCAGCUGCAGGUUACUUGCUCAGCUCAAACUGUUCAGGUUGCUGAAGUUGAGCAGCAGUCACAGCCUCAGCCUUCACCUGAACUCCUCCUUCCGCAAUCUCUCAAGCCAGAGGAGGGGCUGGAGGUGUGGAAGAGCUGGGCACAGACUAAGAAUGCAGAGCUGGAGAAGGAGUCUCAGAACAGGCUUGCACCUAUUGGCAGACGUCAGCUAUUGAGAUUCCAGGAAGAUCUCAUAUCAUCAGCUGUAGCAGAAUUGAAUUAUGGACUGUGCUUAAUGACCCGUGAAGCUCGUAAUAGUGAAGGCGAGCCAUAUGAUCCAGAUGUUUUGUACUAUAUCUUCCUGUGUAUUCAAAAGUAUCUAUUUGAAAACGGGCGUGUUGAUGACAUCUUCUCUGAUCUCUAUUAUAUACGGUUCACUGAGUGGUUACAUGAAGUUCUCAAGGAUGUCCAACCUCGUGUCACUCCUCUUGGCUAUGUUCUCCCGAGCCAUGUGACGGAAGAGAUGUUGUGGGAGUGCAAGCAGCUGGGAGCUCACUCUCCUGCCACCUUGCUUACGACUCUUAUGUUUUUCAACACAAAAUACUUUCUAUUGAAAACAGUGGAUCAGCACAUGAAGUUGGCAUUUUCAAAAGUCUUAAGGCAGACUAAAAAGAACCCUUCUAAUCCCAAGGAUAAGAGUACGAGUAUCCGGUAUCUGAAGGCACUUGGUAUACACCAGGCUGGACAGAAAGUUACUGAUGACAUGUAUGCAGAACAGACAGAGAACCCUGAGAACCCUUUAAGGUGUCCUAUAAAGCUCUAUGACUUCUACCUCUUCAAAUGCCCCCAGAGCGUGAAAGGCCGGAAUGACACAUUUUAUUUGACUCCUGAACCAGUGGUAGCUCCCAACAGCCCAAUCUGGUAUUCCAUCCAGCCAAUCAGUCGAGAGCAAAUGGAGCAGAUGCUCACCCGAAUUUUGGUGAUACGAGAGAUUCAGGAAGCUAUUGCUGUGGCAAAUGUCAGCACCAUGCACUAAAGCAUCCCUGCCAGCUCAGAAAAAGGUACCCAACCUCCUGGAAAGUUCAAACCUGUUAACAGAUAUACAAAUUGCACCAGGAUUUAGAGAGCAUGUUUUCCUAUAGCUCAUUCUGUCCCCUUUCCAUCUGGAUUUGGUGUUGCCUUUGACCACUGAGAAUUGGUUUUUAUUCUGGAUUGGCAAAGUACUUUUGGGAGCUAUUCUCACCUCACUGACUUGGCAACAGUUGGCUAUAAUGGUAAACCUGGGAAGAGGUGAGAAGUGAGGAGUAUGUAAUCCCUUGUAUUUUACUUCUACAUUUGCCUCAUGAAAGAUGAUUUUAUUUUAAAUUCUUUGAAUAAUAUGUCAUUGAACAGCUGAA